UUCGACGCGCGGCACCUCUACACGGCGCGGGUCUGCCCCGCCGGCCGCCUGCGCGCCGUCUCCUACAACAUCCUGGCCGACGCGUACGCGCAGACGGAGUUCUCGCGCACCGUGCUCUACCCCUACUGCGCCCCCUACGCCCUCGAGCUCGACUACCGCCAGAACCUGCUCAAGAAGGAGCUGGCCGGCUACAGCGCCGACCUCAUCUGCUUGCAAGAGGUCGACAAGGCCGUCUUCGCCGACAGCCUGGCCCCAGCCCUGGAUGCUUUCGGACUCGAAGGGCUCUUCAAGAUCAAGGAGAAGCAGCACGAGGGCCUGGCCACUUUCUACCGCAGGGACAAGUUCGGCCUCCUCAGCCGGCACGACAUCGCUUUCAGCGAAGCCCUGCUCUCCGACCCGGUGCACAGGCAGCUGCGGGAGAAGCUGGCCGAGUACCCCCUGGUGCAGGAGAAGGUGCUCCAGAGAUCGUCCGUGCUGCAGGUUUCAGUUCUUCAGUCUGCAACUGAUCCUUCCAGGAAGAUUUGUGUAGCGAAUACUCAUCUGUACUGGCAUCCAAAAGGUGGGAACAUCCGUCUCAUCCAAAUUGCUAUAGCCUUGUCUCACAUCAAGCAUAUAGCAUGUGAUUUGUAUCCUAGCAUUCCAAUCAUAUUCUGUGGAGAUUUUAAUAGUACACCGUCAUCUGGGACUUACAGUUUUAUUAACAGUGGUAGUAUUGCUGAAGAUCAUGAAGACUGGGUCUCCAAUGGAGAAGAAGAAAGGUGCAACAUGCCACUAAGUCAUCCUUUCAAACUGCAAAGUGCUUGUGGAGAGCCUGCUUAUACAAACUAUGUUGGUGGGUUUCAUGGAUGUCUGGACUACAUUUUCAUUGACAAAAAUGCUCUAGAGGUUGAACAGGUGAUUCCAUUGCCAAGUCACGAAGAAGUAACGACCCAUCAGGCUUUGCCAAGUGUUUCCCAUCCCUCUGAUCAUAUAGCACUAAUAUGUGACUUAAAGUGGAAAUAGAUCAGCAUUUGCAUGGUGCUUUUUAGGGUUUUCAAACAAGAAAUCAAUUUACUGUCGGGGAACUGAAGUUGCACCCUAGCUUGUAUGC